AUGGCCCCUAGAGUCCAUGGAACAAGAGAAGGCAGCAGCUACAGUUCCCAGACACAUCCUGAGGAUCCUGCCCUAGUUCAGAAGAGCUACCAAUGCCCAGUAUGUGGGAAAAGCUUCCAGCGGAGCCCCAACCUUCUCACUCACCAAAGAAUCCACACCGGGGAGAGGCCUUACCAAUGCCCGCAGUGUGGAAGGUGCUUUAGUCAGCAGUCAAGCCUCACUAUCCACCAGAGAAUCCACACCGGGGAGCUGCCUUACCCCUGCCCGCAGUGUGGGAAGCGUUUCCGCCAGAGUUCGAACCUCCUGAAACAUAAGCAGCUCCACGCAGGCGUGAGGCCUCACCUGUGUUCAGAAUGCGGGAAGAGUUUUGCUCAGCGCUCAAACCUUCUCACCCACCAGCGGGUUCAUACUGGGGAAAUGCCUUUCCUGUGUUCCGAAUGCGGGGAAACCUUCAGGCAGCACCGGAGCCUCCUUCUCCACCAGAGGCUCCACAAGGAAGACGGAUCUUGGGGCUACAACUGCCCCGAGUGUGGGAAAACCUUCUCUCAGAGUUCAGACCUGGCGAAGCAUCUGAGAGUCCACACAGGGGAGAUGCCGUACAGCUGCCUCUACUGCGGGAAAAAGUUCCGCUACGUUUCGAACCUGAACCGGCACAGGAGAACCCACACCGGGGAGAAGCCCCAUGCGUGCCGGCAGUGCGGAGAGUGCUUUAGCCACUUGUCCAGCCGGAAUAUGCACGAGAAGGUCCACACGGGCGAGAGGCCGUAUGGUUGCGCUGAAUGUGGGAAGAGAUUCAUUUCCAGCUCCAAGCUCGUCAGGCACCUGAAAAUCCACUCAAAGGAGAUGUCCUAUAUCUGCAGCGAGUGUGGGGAAAACUUCCUUUGCCAUCCAAACCUCAUGAGACACCAGCAAGUCCACAGGCCUCGCAGCUCCCGUUUAAAAGGAAAGCCAAGUCGAUGA